GCCUUGCGAAUCUGAACGAAUACCUUGAAUAUGAUAUAGUUGGAUUUGGAAAGAUUGUUUUAUGGAUAUGAAUUAGGAAAUCUCAUUGUCACAACAUUUGGAUCUUGAUUUGAAGGACACUACAGAUAAUCAUGUCAUUUUCAAUCAACUUACCACCAUCGGUGAUGGCCAAAAAGGCCAAAUCGGAGGAGCAGGAUGAACCAAAAAAGAAGUCCCGCGAGGACUGGAGGAAACAGAAAGAGUUGGAGGAGAUGAGAAAAGCUGGAACAGCACCAGCCAUGACAGAUGAGGAGGGGAAAGAAAUCAACCCCCACAUUCCCCAGUAUAUUAUGCAGGCACCAUGGUACUAUCAAGCUACGCAGGCCACACUAAAACAUCAAAGAAUACAGGAAGACCAAAAGAAAAAUUAUGAUGAUAGAAAUACAUGGUACAAAAAAGGUCUCAAGGAGGGUCCAGUUGUGACAAAAUUUAGAAAAGGAGCUUGUGAAAACUGUGGAGCAAUGACUCAUAAGAAAAAGGACUGCUUAGAGAGGCCAAGGAGGAUUGGUGCCAAAUUCACAGGUGACAAUAUAGCCCCUGACGAGUACAUUACUCCUACCCUAAACUUUGAUUAUGAGGGUAAGCGUGAUCAUGCAGCUGGCGUAGAUGUGGAAGAUCACCAGAGAAAAGUCAGGGAGGAAUACAGCCGCUUGGAAGAGGCAAAGAGAAUGCUGAAAGAGGCAAACUUUUUGGAAGGAAAAGAAUCUGCUGAAACAUCUCAAGGUGACAGUGAGGAUGAGGAUAAAUAUGCAGAUGAUGUAGACAUGCCUGGUCAAAAGUUUGAGACCAAACAGCGUAUCACAGUUAGGAAUCUCCGAAUCAGAGAGGACACAGCUAAAUAUUUGUACAACCUUGAUCCAAACUCUGCCUUUUAUGAUCCCAAAACUCGUUCUAUGAGGGAAAAUCCAUAUAAAAACACUGGAAACAUAGAGAUGGAGCAAAAGUAUGCAGGAGACAACUUUGUCAGAUUCUCUGGAGAUGCACAUGAAUUUGCCAAAAAACAAGUGUUUGCUUGGGAAGCCUAUGAACAUGGAACAGAUGUGCACUUACAAGCAGAUCCCACCAAAUUAGAACUACUCACUAAAGAAGUGCAGAAGAGGAAAGAGGACUUUAAAUCCAGUGCCAAGGAGAGCAUUCUGGACAAAUAUGGAGGAGAGGAGCAUUUACAAGCCCCUCCCAAACAGCUCUUAAUGGCACAAACAGAGGAUUAUGUGGAGUAUUCUCGACAUGGUUCAGUAAUUAAAGGGAAUGAAAAACCAGUGGUCAGAUCAAAGUAUGAAGAAGAUGUCUACAUAAAUAAUCAUACAUCUGUUUGGGGUUCAUUCUGGAAAGAUGGUAGAUGGGGCUACAAGUGUUGUCAGAGCUUCAUUAAGGAGUCCUACUGCACUGGGGCAGCAGGGAUUGAGGCCUCCAACACAGAUAUUAUCCCCACCAUUAGGAAUGGAGAGGAGGAGAUUGAGGAAGAGGAUGAGGAAGCUCCAAAGUCACUGCUACAGCAACAUCAGGAAAAAUUAUUAUCAAAAGAAAAGAAAAAGAAGAAGAAAAAGAAAAAUAAGAGGAAACACAAAAAGAAGAGUAAAAGUAGCAGCAGCAGCGAGUCAGAGUCGGAGGAUGAAGAGGCGAUACGAGAAAGAAAACUGAAAGAGGCUCUGAAGAAAGAGGAGGAGCAGCAGAAGAAAGCAGAUCAUCUUCUGUCUAUGGAUGAACGUAAGCGACCAUACAACAGUAUGUAUACUAACGUAGCCCCUAGUGAAGAGGAGAUGGAGGCCUGGAGGAUGAAACAAAGAAGAACGGAGGAUCCCAUGUCACAUUUCUCAUAGCUGAGAGGACAGAGGACCACUGUUACAUGUUACAUAGCUGAGAGGACUGAGGACCUCUGUUACAUGUUACAUAGCUGAGGGGACAGAGGACCUCUGCUACAUUUCAUGAAGGCAAAAGGACCUCAUCUUGUCUUCUGUAUAUUUAGGUGUCCAACUAUGGUGAAAAUACAGAACUUUGGUGAAAUACAGAUCAACUGUACAUUCAACUCCUGACACGUCUUUUAUUACUUUCUUCCAGUAUUAAAUAGCAAGUGCUAAUUCCCUCAGGACAGAGGAGAUAAAAUUAUAAACUAUGAAAAGUUUCAUUGGAAUUGAUUUCGAAAGAUUUGUCUGUAUUCAAAUAUUUUAUUUAACUGUGAUAAUUUUUCUUAAAGUGGUCAGGUGAGGUAAUUAUUUGUAAAUGUAUUUAUUUAAUAUGAAGUUUCCUUAAUACAGAGAUGAAUUUUAA